UGGUGAGAGAGAGAGAGUACAAGAAAAAAAAGAAGCAAGAAGAUAAUUCGACGGCAAAAAUGUUUUCAGCUAUCGGAAGUUUAUUGAGGCUCAUCUUCAAGAACUUGGACGUCAUCGCUGGACCUAUCAUUAGCUUGGUUUAUCCUCUAUACGCAUCAGUGAGGGCAAUAGAGUCGAGGACCGGUGGAGACGACAAGCAAUGGCUCACUUAUUGGGCUCUUUAUUCACUUAUCAAACUCUUUGAGCUCACUUUCUAUAGACUCAUCGAAUGGAUUCCGUUAUGGCAAUACGCCAAGCUAGCCUUAACCUGUUGGUUGGUGUUACCGGGAUUGAGCGGCGCUUCUUACCUCUACGAGAACUAUGUGCGUUCAUUCCUUUUAAGCCCACAUAGUGCCAACGUGUGGUACGUGCCAGCUAAGAAGGAUGAUGAUGACUUAGCUGCAGCUGCUGGGAAAUUUACUCCGUCCAGAGAGCCUACAGAAAAGCAUGUUAGCUCGGUGGAUACAUCAGCCAAAUAUGUUGGGGGCUCGGCCUUUGAUGAUACAUAUGUAUACUAGUAAAGCUACUUGUGGCCCUGUUGUAGCUUAAUAUCGUUACCCAUCUUGGUGUACCGUAUACUCUAUAUUUGCUUUUUUAUCUUUGUUUUUCUUGAUGAAUGUGGUAGAUGUGUAAGCAAGCAACGAAUAAAAUUUCUAACUUCACCAAA